CAAAAUGCAAUUCUACAAGUGAUUAAAUAGCAGAAUCAUUUAAGAGUAGCUCUAAGAAGAAGAAAAAAAAUAUGAAGGUUGUGUACUUCCUUGUUGCCAUCUUGGCUUUGACAUCCUCUCUUGUCUCUGCCUCUGACCCUAGUCCUCUUCAAGAUUUUUGUGUGGCAGCCAAAGAAAAAGAUGGUGUAUUUGUGAACGGAAAAUUUUGCAAAGACCCUAAGCUUGUCAAACCUGAAGAUUUCUUCCUACAUGUGGAACCCGGGAACACUGACAACCCAAAUAAUGCACAAGUUACUCCUGUGUCUGUUGAUCAACUACCGGGACUAAACACGCUUGGCAUAUCUUUGGCUCGCAUAGAUUUUGCACCAAAGGGUAUAAACCCUCCCCACACUCACCCUCGAGCCACCGAAAUCCUUUUAGUCCUUGAAGGAACUCUCUAUGUUGGAUUUGUCACUUCCAAUCAAGAUGGAAAUCGUCUCUUUACCAAAGUGUUGAACAAGGGUGAUGUGUUUGUGUUCCCAAUUGGUCUCAUUCAUUUCCAACUCAAUGUGGGAUAUGGCAAUGCUGUUGCCAUUGCUGCUCUUGGCAGUCAAAAUGCAGGAACUAUCACUAUUGCAAAUGCUUUGUUUAAAGCCAAUCCACCUAUUUCUCCUGAGGUUCUCACCAAAGCUUUUCAAGUGGAUCAGAAAAUAAUUGAUGAGCUUCAGAAGAAAUCAUGGUACAACACGAACUAGUUUCAGAACAUGGAAGAUCAUUUCACAUCAGUUAUUGAAUCCUUAUGACUUUGAUCAAUGUUUCAAUCACCCUAUGCAAUAGAACUACAAAUAACUACUAUAUAAUGUAAUAAAUAAAAUGUAUGUGGCCGGGUUAUUUUAGAGUAAAUUUAAUAUAUAUAAGUUAAUAUGUUAUUUUCUAUUUAA